GUAGUGUAGCCUAACUUUGCGUCGUAAAAGUUUCUGACCAUUUCCUGCCAUUUCGAUUUUAGACGCAGAGUUGUAUAUAGCUCAGUAAUCUAAACAAUGGGUUUCCAAAAUAUUUGGUAUUCGCAUCCGAGAAAAUAUGGCCAAGGAUCCAGAUCCUGUCGUGCUUGUGCCAACAGGCACGGAUUAAUACGAAAAUAUGGACUGAACAUUUGUCGCCAAUGUUUUCGGGAAUAUGCUGCCGACAUUGGCUUUAAAAAGGUAUAA